AUGGUUAAAAAGCCAGCAAAAAAGAAGGUUGCCGCUCUUCCCGCGGGAAUGAAAAAGGCUGAAGCGAAAAAGCCAGCCAAAGUUUCGCUUUUUGAAAAACGACCAAGAAAUUUUGCUAUUGGACAAGAUAUUCAGCCUAAACGUGAUCUGACUCGUUUUGUUCGUUGGCCAAAAUAUGUCCGUCUUCAGCGACAACGUGCUGUUCUUGAGAAACGUUUAAAGAUUCCUCCACCAAUUAAUCAAUUCAAAUAUACUUUGGACAAGCCAAACGCCGCUCAACUCUUCAAGCUUCUCGAUAAAUAUAGUCCUGAAACACGCCAAGCAAAGAAAGAACGUCUUCGCAAUCGCGCACAAGACCGCGUUGAAGGAAAGCAAGAAGUCGUGACAAAACGUCCACCAUCUGUUCGAUUUGGCAUUAAAGAUGUUGUUAAGCUAAUUGAAAAUAAAAAAGCUAGUUUGGUGGCUAUUGCUCAUGAUGUUGAUCCAAUCGAAAUUGUUAUUUGUUUGCCAGCUUUGUGUCGCAAGUUUGGUGUUCCUUAUGUUUUGGUUAAAGGGAAGGCACGCCUCGGGACUGUUGUACAUCGAAAGACUGCUGCGGCUGUUUGUUUAUGCGAUGUUAAUCCAGAAGACCGUGGUGCAUUAAAGAAUCUUGCUGAUGUUGCUCUUAACAACUUUAAUGAGCGUGGAGAUGAAAUUAAGAAGAAUUGGGGAGGUGGAAUUAUGUCCCAACGUUCUCAAGCUAGACAGGCUAAAAUUGAAAAGGCUCGAAUGAAAGAAGUUAGGGCUUAA